AUGUCGCGCUCCGUGCUGCAGCCUAGUCAGCAGAAGCUGGCGGAGAAGCUCACCAUCCUCAACGACCGGGGCGUCGGCAUGCUCACCCGCCUCUACAACAUCAAGAAGCAAGGACAAGUUUGGAAGGCUUGUGGAGACCCCAAGGCAAAACCAUCCUACCUUAUUGACAAAAACCUGGAAUCUGCUGUGAAAUUCAUAGUCAGAAAAUUCCCUGCUGUAGAAACUCGCAACAACAAUCAACAGCUUGCACAACUGCAGAAAGAAAAAUCAGAGAUUCUGAAAAAUCUGGCAUUAUAUUACUUCACAUUUGUAGAUGUUAUGGAAUUUAAGGACCAUGUUUGUGAAUUGCUGAAUACUAUUGAUGUUUGCCAAGUCUUCUUUGACAUUACUGUAAAUUUUGAUUUAACAAAGAACUACUUAGAUUUGAUCAUAACAUAUACAACACUAAUGAUACUGCUGUCUCGAAUUGAAGAAAGGAAGGCAAUCAUUGGAUUAUACAACUAUGCUCAUGAGAUGACCCAUGGGGCAAGUGACCGAGAAUACCCACGCCUUGGUCAGAUGAUUGUGGAUUAUGAAAACCCUUUAAAGAAAAUGAUGGAAGAAUUUGUGCCUCAUAGCAAGUCUCUUUCAGAUGCACUAAUUUCUCUUCAGAUGGUGUAUCCUCGAAGGAACCUUUCAGCUGACCAGUGGAGAAAUGCCCAGUUGCUGAGUCUCAUCAGUGCCCCCAGCACAAUGCUUAAUCCCGCACAGUCUGACACUAUGCCUUGUGAAUAUCUCUCUUUGGAUGCCAUGGAAAAAUGGAUUAUCUUUGGCUUUAUUUUGUGCCAUGGGAUCCUCAAUACUGAUGCAACUGCACUGAACCUUUGGAAGCUAGCUCUUCAAAGUAGCUCUUGCCUCUCUCUCUUUCGGGACGAAGUUUUCCACAUUCAUAAAGCUGCAGAAGACUUAUUUGUAAACAUUCGAGGCUAUAAUAAGCGUAUUAAUGACAUAAGAGAAUGCAAAGAGGCAGCUGUGUCACAUGCUGGUUCAAUGCACAGAGAAAGACGCAAGUUUUUAAGGUCUGCACUGAAAGAAUUGGCUACUGUUCUCUCUGAUCAGCCUGGCUUGCUAGGUCCUAAGGCACUUUUUGUUUUUAUGGCAUUAUCCUUUGCCCGUGAUGAAAUUAUCUGGCUACUUCGUCAUGCAGAUAACAUGCCAAAGAAGAGUGCAGAUGACUUUAUAGAUAAGCACAUUGCUGAAUUAAUAUUUUAUAUGGAAGAGCUUAGAGCACAUGUAAGGAAAUACGGACCUGUAAUGCAGAGAUAUUAUGUGCAGUACCUUUCUGGCUUUGAUGCUGUUGUCCUCAAUGAGCUUGUGCAGAAUCUUUCUGUUUGCCCUGAAGAUGAAUCAAUCAUCAUGUCCUCUUUUGUUAACACUAUGACUUCUCUAAGUGUAAAACAAGUUGAAGAUGGGGAAGUAUUUGACUUCAGAGGAAUGAGAUUAGAUUGGUUUCGAUUACAGGCAUAUACGAGUGUCUCUAAGGCUUCACUUAGCCUUUCAGAUCACAGAGAACUUGGAAAGAUGAUGAAUACAAUAAUUUUUCACACAAAAAUGGUAGAUUCCUUGGUGGAAAUGUUGGUGGAAACAUCAGAUCUCUCCAUAUUUUGUUUUUAUAGUCGUGCUUUUGAGAAGAUGUUUCAACAGUGUUUGGAGUUACCCUCUCAAUCAAGAUACUCAAUUGCAUUUCCACUACUUUGCACUCAUUUUAUGAGUUGCACACAUGAACUGUGUCCAGAAGAGAGACAUCAUAUUGGAGAUCGCAGUCUUUCCUUAUGUAAUAUGUUCCUUGAUGAAAUGGCCAAACAAGCUCGAAAUCUCAUCACUGAUAUUUGCACAGAACAGUGUACUCUGAGUGACCAGUUGUUGCCCAAGCAUUGUGCCAAAACCAUCAGUCAAGCAGUGAAUAAGAAGUCAAAAAAACAGACUGGUAAGAAAGGGGAACCUGAAAGGGAAAAACCAGGAGUUGAAAGCAUGAGGAAAAACAGGCUGGUCGUGACCAACCUUGAUAAGUUGCACACUGCACUUUCCGAGUUGUGUUUCUCUAUAAAUUAUGUACCAAACAUGGUGGUUUGGGAACAUACCUUUACUCCACGAGAAUAUUUGACUUCUCAUCUGGAAAUCCGCUUUACUAAGUCAAUUGUUGGAAUGACUAUGUAUAAUCAAGCCACACAGGAAAUUGCAAAACCAUCAGAGCUUCUAACAAGUGUAAGAGCAUACAUGACUGUACUCCAGUCAAUAGAAAACUAUGUGCAAAUUGAUAUUACAAGAGUAUUUAAUAAUGUUCUUCUUCAACAAACACAACAUUUAGACAGUCAUGGAGAACCAACCAUUACGAGUCUGUACACAAAUUGGUAUUUGGAAACUUUGUUAAGACAAGUCAGCAAUGGUCAUAUAGCUUAUUUCCCUGCAAUGAAAGCUUUUGUGAACUUACCUACGGAAAAUGAAUUAACAUUUAAUGCAGAGGAAUAUUCUGACAUAUCAGAAAUGAGGUCAUUAUCAGAGCUGCUUGGCCCAUAUGGUAUGAAGUUCCUAAGUGAAAGCCUUAUGUGGCAUAUUUCAUCACAAGUUGCUGAACUUAAGAAACUUGUGGUGGAGAAUGUUGAUGUGCUAACACAAAUGCGGACCAGCUUUGACAAACCUGACCAGAUGGCUGCCCUCUUUAAAAGAUUAUCAUCUGUUGACAGUGUCUUGAAGAGGAUGACAAUAAUUGGUGUGAUUUUAUCCUUCCGAUCAUUGGCACAGGAAGCACUCAGAGAUGUCUUGUCCUACCACAUUCCUUUUCUUGUCAGUUCAAUUGAAGAUUUCAAGGACCACAUUCCAAGGGAAACUGAUAUGAAGGUUGCAAUGAAUGUGUAUGAAUUAUCAUCAGCUGCUGGAUUACCUUGUGAGAUUGAUCCUGCCUUGGUGGUAGCUCUUUCCUCACAAAAAUCAGAAAACAUAAGUCCAGAAGAAGAAUAUAAAAUUGCCUGCCUCCUAAUGGUGUUUGUGGCCGUUUCUUUGCCCACACUGGCCAGUAACGUGAUGUCUCAGUAUAGCCCUGCUAUAGAAGGGCACUGCAACAACAUACAUUGCUUGGCCAAAGCCAUCAACCAGAUCGCUGCAGCUUUGUUUACAAUUCACAAAGGAAGCAUUGAAGAUCGGCUUAAAGAAUUUUUGGCGCUUGCAUCUUCCAGUCUACUGAAAAUUGGCCAGGAGACAGAUAAAACAACUACACGAAAUAGAGAAUCUGUUUAUUUACUGCUAGAUAUGAUUGUGCAGGAAUCCCCAUUCCUGACAAUGGAUCUUUUGGAAUCUUGUUUUCCUUAUGUCUUGCUGAGAAAUGCAUACCACGCUGUCUACAAGCAAAGUGUUACAUCCUCUGCAUAAAAUACCUACUUAUUGAAGACAAGCACGCAUUUUUGUUGCCUCUGUUUUACCUGUAAACUGUGGAACUGUUUGACCUUAAGACCUGAAAAACAGUUUUGUGGAUUAUAAAUUUCUUUCAUAUGGUUGUAUUUUCUGAUCAUCAGUUUCUUAAUACGGUUGUACUUCAGUAUACUUGGUUGAUUUAGGUCGCACAUUUACGGAAUUCACUGAAAUUAUUCCAAUAAUUUUAGAAUAUCAUUUGUUUGAAAAACAUACAUUCUCUAUGUUUUUGAUAUUUGAUAAAGAAAAAAACACCUUUGCUUGUUUAUUUCUGAAAAAUAAUUGUAUUUAGUGAUUAUUUUAGAUAGUGAUAUUAUAGCAUUCAUUGUGUGUAAAUUAUUUCAUAUAGGGAAGAGUUCUGACCUGUACCUAUUAUGGUUCUUAUUGAAAACAAAACUGGAUGUGCAUUUCUGUGAUGUUAUGAAUACAUUUCUACUUUAUUUUGAAACAUUUGCCAAACUAAUUACUGUAACACUGUAUAACAUUAAAAGUGUUCAUGGACUGCUUAGCAUUAGAAGCAGACUGUGUCCCCAAAUUCUAAAACAGCAGCAAAUGAUGUUGCUUGUAUAAAGCCUAAUAAUAAUUUUUAGACUAAUUUCCAUGGUGCCCUGUUGGCAUUAGCACUACCAUUGUACCCUGCUGUAUAAUAAACAAUCUUAGACAUUUAUCAGCUGUUGAUACAAAUGUUAGUCCCUAACCACUUUUUAUAUGUUUUAAAUUUUUGAAAUUCAAGUGUACCUGCCAUAACAAAAUAAACACUAGACUAUCACAUUUUGAAUGAUUUCUUUUUGGAAUCCUCAGAAAUUUAUUCAGUAAAAUGGAAGUUUUUUUGUUUAAACUUAGUUUAAAAUAAACUUUAUUUUAGGUAUAUCUAAGUAGCACAUUGAUACUAGGUCACCUAUUAUAAGAUUUGCUUAAAUGUUUUAAAAAAUAUUCCACUAGAAAAAAUAUUAAAAUUAGAAAAUAAAGUUGCAUAACAUUAUUUAAAAAUUAAGAGCUAAAAGGAAACUUGUGUGCCAUCAGCUUGCUAAUUUUUAUCAGUGAGAAAAUGGACAGAUUUAUUUGAAAGAUUGGGGGGAAAACAAAGAAUGAUCACAGAAAUAGACUUUUUCUCAUGAGCUGUGUAUCUGGAUAUCAUAGAGCUUCUGUUGUUCACAGCUUCUUAUAUAUACACUGGUAACUUGUGUUAAGAUAAAAGAAAGCUACUGUGAACUUGGUUAUAAGUUUUUUGUAGUUCAGAUACUGGAAUGAAAUUGAAGUGCCGCAAGACUAUAUUUCUAUUUUGGAUAUGGUUUCUCCAGUUUAUAUUUAAAGCAGGGAAUAGUUGUCACUAUCUGUUGAAAAUUUCCAGUGGUAAGGAAUUUUUUAAUGAAAUAGUUUUAGACUUGAAAUAACCUAAAUACACAGUAAACAGUUCAAAGUAAGAUUAAAUACUGUUUGCUCUGAAAUACUAGGAUCCUAGAGCGGUAAUAACUUGUCAGUAGUAAUAUCCUCAAAGGUAAAAUAGGCAUUUUGAGUAUAUACACUUCCAUUGGGCUAGUAUGUGGAAGGGUUAAGACAUUAUUUACCCCUCUUCAGGUGGAGAAAAAAGUCACUCUUUCAUAGUCCUGUCAAGUUUAUCUUGCCCCAGUUUUUUUCUCAUAUACCUAAACUGACUGACUAACUGGUGUACUAUGGGAUUGUUCUUUGCAGAGAGUCUUUCUACCCCUCCCCCCAAAUAAAUUUUUAAAUAAAGUUAAAAGUAGAUUAACACUCCUAUUUUUAACAUCUUGUUUGUCUUAACUUUUCUUAUUUUCUUCUGAAUUUAUACUGCGAAGAUACUGUUUUUAUUGUUUUCUCUACAGUAAUGUAAUCAUAACAUAUAUACUUGCCUGUAAUCUGUUUAUUUCACUCAAGUAGAAAAAGUCUGCUAUUUGAUAUUCUUUUUAAUGCCUCCUUAUAUACCAUAACUAGUUUAAAAGUUUCUUUUAGAUGAACAUUUAGGCAGAUUUCUUCUUGUUCAUUACAGGCAUACCUUGGAGAUAUUGUUGAUUCAGUUCCAGACCCCUACAGUAAAGUGCGUAUCACAAUAAAACAAGUCACAUGAGUUUUUUUUAUUUUCCAGUGCAUAUAAAAGUUACAUUUACACUACACUGUAGUGUGUUAACUGUGAAAUAAUAGUAUGUCUAAAAAAACACAUACGUUAAUAUAAAAUGUUUCAUUGUUAAAAUCAUGCUAGCCAUCAUCUGACAAUGCAGAGUUACUACCAACAUUCAAUUUAUAAAAAAUGCAGUAUCUGCAAAGUGCAAUAAAGGAAAGCGCAAUAAAAGGAAGUAUUCCUGUGUUAUAAAUAAUAUCUUGGUGAACAUGGGCUUUUAUCUCCUUUGGCAUAAUUUCUUAUAAAUAAAAUUGCUUGGUGGAAGGGUGUAUACAUUUUAAACAUAUUAAAUUUCCCUCCAGUGAGAUUAUAUCAGUUUUACUCUUACAAUUGUGUGUUUGAGUAUAAUUUCCUCCUGUGGUAAACUGUUGAUACAUACCAAUUUUACUGUUGUUGAUGCAUCUUUGCCUCUUUAAAAGAUGAAACAUAAAUGUUUUAAUUUGCAGAUCUUUGCUUAUUAGUAAAGUGGAAUAUCUUUUUUAAGUUUA